GCACGUAUGCGCUGCUCGUAAAUUUAUCUCCCCCCUCAAAUAAAUUAAAAUUUUUUACUGUGAUAAGAGUUGUCGAUGUGUCAUUUACUCAGUUUUCUUCUGAAAAUUCCCCUCUCUGAUUUUUAAUCUCAUUAAACAUGCAAUGGCAGUCGAAUGGCGUUCUCUCUUACUUCAACAAGCUGAAAAAGUUUGAUGCCUUCUCCAAACCACUUGAGGACUUCCAAGAAAAGACUAUCUAUGGAGGUGCCGUCACCAUUGCUUGCUGGGUGAUAAUAUUCUGGCUAGUCUUGUUGGAGUGCAUCGAAUAUAGCAGGAAUUCAACGGUUGAGGAAAUUUUUGUGGACACAUCAAGAGACUCAAAAUUACAAAUCAAUCUCGACAUAGUUGUUCCUUCUAUAUCCUGUGAUUAUCUUGCUUUGGAUGCCGUGGAUUCAUCAGGAGAGCAACACCUCCAAAUUGAUCAUAACAUUUCAAAGAGGAGACUUGAUCUCUCAGGAAAACCCAUUGCUGAGCCGCAGAAAGAAAAUGUUGGCGGAAAGUCCAUACAAAAACUGUAUUCUAAAGUGAAUGUCUCAAAAACUGAAGAUAGCUCAAAUGAAACAGCCGUUGAUACCAAAGACAAAUGUGGUUCGUGUUAUGGAGCAGGCUUUGCUGGACAAUGCUGCAACACUUGUGAAGAAGUGAAAGAGGCGUACAGGAAAAGAUCAUGGGCCAUUUCAGAUCUCUCAACCAUUGAGCAAUGCAAACAUGAUAAAAAGUCGAAUAAAUCAAAAAAUGCGUUCAAUGAAGGAUGUCAAAUUUUUGGAUUCAUGGAAGUCAACCGUGUAAGCGGUGGAUUCCACAUAGCACCUGGAGAGAGUUUUUCAAUCAAUCAUGUUCAUGUUCAUGAUGUACAGCCUUUCUCAUCAUCUUCAUUCAAUACGACACAUCGUAUAAGGCAUCUCUCAUUUGGGCAGAAAGUUGAUGGAGUGCCUGGAAGCACAACGAACCCAUUAGAUGGAACAGAAAAUAUUGCAGAGAAAGGUUCUACAAUGUUCCAGAAUUAUAUUAAAAUAGUUCCUACAUUAUAUCAAAGAAGUGAUGGCAGUUUAUUUUACACCAAUCAAUUCUCGGUGACCAAACAUGUUAAGGUCAUCUCCCAGUACUCCGGCGAAUCAGGAAUGCCGGGGAUAUUUUUCUCCUAUGAACUGUCACCUCUCAUGGUUAAAAUAAGUGAUGAAUCAAAAUCCCUGGGACAUCUGUGCACAGAAAUAUGCUGCAUAAUAAGUGGUGUGUACUUCACGUUCAUGCUGAUGGAUACCCUUCUGUACAGAUCUAGCAAAGUCUUUGUUAAAAUGGAAAUUGGCAAAGCCCAUUAAUGUGAUAUUUAUUAAUAAGUGUGUUUUUAAAUGUUUAUAAUUUUUAUGUAAUGUUUUUGACCUCAGUUUCAAUUUUGCUAAGAGGAGGCUUCACAAUUUUGACCUGAUAUAGCUGCCCAUUUUCUAAAUCUGUCACCUUUCUUUUUUUUCUGUUUAAUGGAGCCAAAUAAGAAAUUUUGUGUUUUUGACAAGCGAUCUUUUAGCAGAUCAUAGGUAGUCAUGUGAGCUAUGUUAGUCUUUCUUUUUCAACUUCAUAAAUUCAAAGUUAUCCAAAAAUGAAGUAAUAAAGAAAAAAAGUGCGAUUUACAAGUUCUGAUUACUGUUUUACUUGUGAAGCAAUAUCAAAAUGUUGGGAUAUCAGUGUUGAAACUGCAGGAACGCGUAUUUCAUUUGGAGUGUUUCAAAAUCUCUGCUCCCAUUUUAUUUUACAAAAGGAGAACAAACCAGCUAUUGCUUGAAAUUUUCACAGAAUAUCCAUCACACAGAUUAGAGUAAUCAGUAAAAUUUUCAAGGAAUAACGUCGAGUAUUUUUCACUUUUAAAAAGAAGGUAAGACAGAAAAUCUGCAACAUCUCAAACCAAGAUACACGUCUCUGCAGUUUCACCAUUUGUAUGUAGCUCUGUUACCUACAAAAAUGCCAGCAAUUUGUUUUUAUUUUUCCAAGGAGUAUAACUAAAGCAGCUUUAAGUGUCAGCUUUUAGCUUUUCAGAAGUGCAAAAUGUUCCCUAAGAAAAAAUAAAAUAAUGAAAAAAAUAAUUAGACGGUUUGCUUCCGUCAAGCUAAUUUACCCUUCGUCCUCAUGAUCAUAGGAUAAAUAAUCAAGCUACCCAAAAAAAUUCAAAUUUUUAGUUUUCUGAGCCCAUGGUUUCCUCUAAAAAUUAAUUUUCAUGUACUUGAAGACAUCCAGCGUCUGCUAAAAUUUGCAGAAAUGGAGAUUUUCUGCACUCCUGAGGCAUUUAUGAACCAUUCCAAUUUUUUUUUUAAAUUUUUAAGCUAUGAUCAUUUUCAUUUUUUUCUUCGGUCUUGUAUUAUAUAUUGCUUUGGAAGUAGCAGAUACAAUUACUUCCUUUCUGUCAAAAUGCAUGAAGACUACAAAGGAAGCUUACCUCAUUUACAAGUGAUAAAAUAUCGUCACAUCUAUUUAGUAAUCUUGCCUGCGUGUUUCUGAAAUAUGAGGUAAAAAAAGUGCCACCAAUUUUUUUUUCUUUACUUUUUUGUUGCUGUUGAAGCAAGUUUUAUUGUUAGUCAUCACCAUCAGAAAGUUCAACUUCCUAGAUAGCCCUGUCAUUUUGUUUCUCUUCAAGGUUUAGAAGUUUUAAACGAACAUAGCAAAAUAAUCCAGUAUUAAAUAGAUUGUUUAAAGGAAGAAUGAAGGUAGAGCUCACCACAAUUGUUUUAUUAUGAAACUCGGUGUUUUAUCGAUGGCGCGAGUGCGAAACCAUGUAAAUUAAUUGCGGUGUUUCAAAAUUUCCACUCCUAUUUUAGUCUUUCCGAGAAAAACAACGCUGACUUUUUAGCUUGAACUCUGCAACGCCGCAAGAAAUACGUGGUUCGGCACUUCGGCCAUCGAUACACUCCUUAUUAUCAUGCUCAAGUUCACUGGUGAGGUGCCUCUCUGCAACGCUUGUAUGAGAAUCUCUCACUUGAAAAUUUGUCAACGACGAUUUUUAAUCAAAAUCCCAAUAGGUUUAAUUUAAAAUUGCAGCCUCUUGAUUCUAAAUGCUUCCAUAUUUUCCCUAUGUGUACGUGUGUUGAAUAUUAUGAAGAGCUUUUUGUGAAUUGCUAAUUUCUUGUUUCUUACAUCGUUUUACAUAUUCAUAAGCAAUUUCGUCCUUUAGGUGUUGCUGCUAAUGCUAAGCAAUCAAUAUGCUUAACUAAAUCAUGUUAUUUUCUUAUGCAGACAAUGAUGUGAAAAAAUAGUAUGUGUGUGGCAAGAUAAACGGAGAAACUACGAGACCACGUGUUUCGUUUGCAAUGUUUAAAAAUCUCUGUUCCACCUUUAUUUUUCGCAAAGAGAACAAAUCAAUAUUAUUCCUUGGAAUUUUCUCAACUUUUUCUUCGCACGGAAAAGAAAAAUCAUGAAAGUUUAUGAGAAUUGACGUUCAGUUGCUUUCCAUUUGAAAAAUGGAUUUUGACAGGAAGUCUGUAAUAUCGUAAACGGAGAUACAACGAGAUACAUGGUCUGGUGGUCUCACCGUCAAUACAUCCAAAUAAGAUAGUUUAAAAGCAGAUCGAUGGUGAACUGCAGAGAUGUGUACCUUGGUUUGGAGCGUUGCAGACUUUCUACGUAAAGGUCAUUUUUUUAAAACUUUUGUGAUUUUUCUUCUAUCUUUAUGUAGAGAAUACUACAUUAAGUGAAAAUUUCAAGCCAUAAUGUUAAAACGGUCUUCAUUUAGAAUAUAGAACAGGAGAGGAGAUUUAGGGGCACAGCAACCGACAUACGUAUUCCUGCAGUUUCAUCAUCGAUAUAUUACUUUUUGCCUGAUGGGAAGUCAACAUGUCUUUUUUAAAAUAUCCAAGGACUCACUUAAUAGCAUAAACACGGAGUCUGUUUGGCAUGUGAGGUUAUUUUGUGAAAUCAUUCAUUCCCAGAUGUAUCUUUAUAAAGUGAUGCAAUAUUGUUAUGAACACCAACCAAAGAUACAAUGUAAAGGAUGCCGCAGCAGUGGAUAGGAAUCUCCCGAAUCUCAAAAGCUGUGAAGGAGCGUUAAUUUUAUAGAUUUUUACGUUUAAUGAUAAUUCUUAGAUGCCCCAUUUUAACAUUUUCUGUCGCUUUACUGUUGGAAAGUGUUCCAGUGUCUGUUAAGUCGCAAGUAACCAGAAUUUUCUUUAUAUUUUCAUCAAGGCCAAUCGGGAGACUACUCUCCCUGCCUAAAAAUUGUAUUUUAUUCUAAGUAUUUUGUUUGUGUGAAUUUUUUUGUUAAUUAUUCUAAUCAUAUUUUCAGGGCUUUGUUGUGAUUGAUUCACCAACCCGACUGCAUGUUCUAGUCGAUCAUGUAUAUUUCUCCAACCAAAUAGACAGAAUAUAUGUAAAUUGCGUGGAGGUAUUUCACACUUCAUGAAUCGUUUUUAUAUUUUGGCACUAUUUUUCUGUUGUGGCCGUGUUAGCACACGUACAAAUUUUGUAUCAAAUCUCGAAGAACCUUCGAUCAUCUAAAUUCUGUGCUCUUUUUCUUUGCUUCCUCGUAAGGAGCAUUGUGAUUUUAGAAAGAGAUGACUUGAAUAAAUUGCAAAUCAAUAGGUAGUGCAAUAUUCUUUUUUUACAGGAUUUCUCUCUGUUUUGGAUAUGAAAUAAAUUAUUUACACAUUCACUCUCA